UAAAACCACCGCCUGUACAGCGUGUAAGCAAAAGAAGCUCAAAAGGGGACCCGCCAUGUCAACACUGUGUGGCUAAUGGCAUCGAGUGCCAUGUCGACGAGAUGGCCGACAUGCGUCGCAAAUUUGCCAUGAAAAGGAAACUGGAGCGUCUCGAACAAGCCGAAGACACCCUGAUGCGUCUGAUCGAAACACUGCGUGACAGCGAUAGCGAAGAUCUGGCCCAGGUGCUGAAUUUGAUCAGAAGCAAUGCCUCGGUCGAUGAGAUACAAACCUACCUCGACCAAGAACUGUUAGGUCCCCACGAUGAACUGUCUCCUGGCCUGCAAGAAAUCAGAAAUCAGCUCUCCCGCCCUUCCGAAGAAGCCGACGAUGACAGUCGAUCGGCUCGACAUGGUAGCCGCCGCAUGCUAGAUGUGCGCCGCUUGGCUGACAGCCCGGUAUAUCGGGUUCCGGCGAAGCCAUGGACGAAGGCCACCGAUGAUGACGAUCUGGUAUCUCAUCUGAUCUCCCUCUGGUUAACAUGGACCUAUCCAUUCCUCAACUGGUUAGAUAAAGACGCCUUCAUCCGGGACAUGCAGGCAGGUCGACUCGAUUGCCAAUCCUGCACACCGUUCCUGGUAAAUGCCAUCCUCGCGGAAGCUAGUUACCACUCCGACUACGCAGAAGUUUUUACCGUACCCAACGAUAUGUUCUCCCGGGGUGAUCAGUUCUAUGAGGAAGCACGUCGUUUGUUUGAAGAGGAAGAAGGCACUGCAAGUCUACCCACCAUUCAGGGUCUCCUCGUAUUAUUUGUUCGCUUGACUCUCAUGGGGAAAGAUAGACUGGGUUGGAUGUACCUCGAUCUAGCGAUUCGGGCGGCCGAAGAAUACGAAGAGGCGCAUCCGACGAGGUCGACAGUCUCAGAAUCUGGUCGCGUUCUCGAAGAUGCAGCUAAUCGCACUCUUUGGGGCGUCUUCAGCAUGGCAUCCACUGCCAGUGUUUCAUUAAUGAAGCAUGUCAACCUCAAUCCACCGCGACGUCCCCGAAUAGCAACCUGUCAUCACGAUCCCCACGACAUCUGGUAUCCCUAUCCUCGCGAAGUCGAACCCGUACUGGGGCACCAUACCUGCGUUUUUGACCGGUGGUGUGAUCUUUCCUGCCAUUUAAUCACUAUAAGCCGCGCAUUCCAUGACUUAGAACACCAAAUUCCUCGGUCGGAGAUUGCGACUUUCGUGCCGGCCAUGUUUACGCAAUUACAGGGCUGGUAUGCUAAUUUGCCGGCUUGUUUACAUGCGGAGACAGCAACUGUUCCCCACAUUCUAGCGCUUCACAUGCUCUAUCAUACGACUGUGAUGCAGAUUUUCGGCUUCAUGCGCUCUAGUAGUGAGAUAGUAUUAGAUCCGGGAUCUGCCAGCCAGGCCCGAGAGCUCUGCCUUGCAUCGGCCCGGCAAAUCGCCCACUUACUGGACAUCCAUCGCGCCAAAUGGGGCAUUGAUCGCAUGGCCCCAUCGACCAUCCAAUGGUGGAGCAUUGGACUGUUUACCCUGAUGGAGUCCCUUGACUCUCGAGACAAUAGGAUUGCCUUCAUCGAGCUGUGCACUAUCGCCCGUGCAUUUGCUCGACGCAUGCCUCUCGCCAAGGGAAUCUUUCGUAUGAUUCAGUUAUCUGCCAAUCAAAUGCAGGUUAUUCUACCCAGGGAGACCGAGGCGCUCUUUACGGACUUCGAGACACUCGCCUGGAAAGCGAGCGAUUCUCAGGAAUUCAGCAGCUUCUAUCCGCAUUUCCUUACUGUAGUCCAGCAAGGGUCUUUACGACAACCUGGGGUCGAUCUCGAUCAAUUUCUCACUAAAUGGGAUGCAUUGAGCAUCUCCGAGCGCAAUUCACACGGUCACAACCAUGACUACGGGCCGGAACCUUCUGGCGGGUGAUACGGCCCACUCAGCAUAAAUCAAAUCAUACUUUACGUUCUUGGCUUCUGAUGAAUGUAUUGUUCCACAAACUGUGGAUGUAGAGAUAAAGGCAGUAUUUUUUUGGGUGGCAAAGUCACGCGGGAAGUGACCCGCUUGCAUGCCUCUGCAUGCCUCGGAUUUGGGGCACCUCCAUCCUGCUUCAGCCUCUCGGAAACCACUUCCUGCGAAUUUAAUGAGCAGAGACCAACGCAGGAAUCAUUUCCGCAGAGUACGCCAAGGGUUCGCUGCCCAGAAUGUAAGACUAGGCCGAAGUU